AUGCAAUCAUUCAUGAUGCCAAAGGUAAAAUCGUCUUCUCACAUCAUGUUUAUACGGACUCGAAACCAUCGAUUCGUGUGUGAGGUUGAAAGUAGUGAUCUUAUUGCAUAUGGUCUGAUACCUGAAUUUGUUGGAAGGUUUCCAAUUCUUGACAACUUAUUAGCUCUUACAAAGCCUCAAACUGUCCCGGUGCUACCUCAGCCAAAGAAUGCAUUGGGGAAACGGUACAACAAGUUAUUUCAGAUGAAUCAACUAAGUCUACACUAUACAGAAAGUGCUUUGAGAUUAAUUGCAAGAAAAGCAAUAACUAAGAACACUGGCCGUGGUCUGAGGGCGUUAUUGGAAAACAUAUUGAUGGAUGCCAUGUAUGAGAUUCCUAAUGAAAGAACAGGUAAAGAUAUAAUAGAUGGUGUGGUUGUUGAUGAGGAGGCAGUUGGGAGUGGCGCUAAAAUCCUCCAUGGUGAAGCUGCUCUUGCCCAUUAUCUAUCACAACACUUCAUAGGUAACUUAAAAGGUUUCAUCCUAUUUUUGAUUUUUGAUUAAUUAAUUAAUUUUUGAUUAAUCUAUCACAACACUUACAGGUAACUUGGAAGGAAUAUUUGCCCCUGGUUGGAUAGGAUAUGGGAAUGCUUAUGCACCCAAAGAAGCAGAUGAUCAAGCUAUGUCUGGUUAUUGAACUGCUGCACGCUUAUUUCCUGGGUGUCACUUACCUAAACUCGCCGAG